CUUGUUUGUUUUUCUAAUUUUAAAUUUCAAUAUAUAGAUAGAUCCCUAGCUGUGCUUUCUCUAAUCAUCAACUUCCCCUCAUUCAUAGUCACAUUAGGGUUCCGAUGAUGAUUAACUCGCCGUCGCCAAUAACCGCCGUACCGGACGAACUCAUCGCGGAGGUCCUAUCAUUGCUUACGGUGAAAUCUCUGUUACGACUCAAAUGUGUGAGCAAGUCUUGGAACAGCCUCAUCUCUGAUCCAUUCUUCGUCAAAAUCCACUCCCAUAAAUCUUCACAAAACACAAACCUUACAUUAUUUUGGGCGAAGUAUUCAGGUAAAUCCAGAUUUACGCAACUCACUUUCUUACCCGCACUUGAAAAUGACUCCACCACCACCAUCGUUGUCAAUGAUGAUGAUACUAUCUCUAAAUUCUUCGACCACAAAUAUCAUCAGGUUGUUGGUUCCUGCAAUGGAUUAUGCUGCUUCAAGCAAGAGUAUUCCAACUCUGAGUAUCAAGAAUUCUCUCUCCGUUUCUGUAACCCAGCCACACGGUCAUUGUCUCAUAAACUAGGCUAUUUUCGCGUUCCACCUAAGCUUCCCGAUUCUCUUUUCAAAUUCUCAUUUGGUUAUGAUGAUUUAACCUCCAAAUAUAAGGUGGUGGCUUUCAGUUCCAGCGAGGUCAGAGUUUUCACUUUGGGUGAUAAUGUUUGGAGAAAUAUUCCAAAAUUUCCUAUAAAUACUUGUCAUUUAAUUCGUUCAGGUGAGAGUGGUGGUCUCUACUUGAGGAAUUGUCUUAUUUGGUUAGCCGGUCGCACUAGAGCUGUUAACGGUAGUUCAAGAUUUUUUUCAGGACCCCUUCUCUUAUUUGGGAUAUUGCUUGUUGUGGCCGUUACAUGUUCUUGAGAAUGGUAAUACAUUGAUAUUGGCAAAUGGUGAAGGACUAGUAAUUCGCUAUAAUAGGAGAGACAAUAGAGUAGAUCCAAUUAGAAUUUCCGAUACAAGAUAUUGGUUUUAUGUCCACCGUUAUGUUGAAAGCUUGGUUUCGAUUUGUUAAAAGUAACUUCCUCUCAUCUAGUGGCUAUACAGAUUUGUUUUAUUUAUUUAUUCAAACUUGUAUUAGUAUCAGGUUUGUUGAAGUAUAAUGGAAUGGUUGGCUAUAUUGUCUUCA